AGAGUAUAAAUCCAGCCCCCUGAGUGCAGCUCGGUCCACACACCGGCAUGUGCUAGUCCAGAGGUGGAUUUUUAGGCCAAAGGGUAAGACAGGGGGAGCUGGAAGUUAAACUGUGACCACUGCAACACUCAGCAACCGCAACCUUAAAAACAAAAGUUGGCACAAUGGCAGGACUGAAGUAUUUGACGGGUUUUGAGAACGAGUUCUCCUCUGAAGAUCCACGAUGUCCUGGAUCCUUACCCGAAGGACAGAACAGUCCUCAGGUCUGUCCUUACGGCCUGUAUGCUGAGCAGCUCUCCGGCUCGGCCUUCACCUGUCCUCGUCCAGCCAACAAGAGGAGCUGGUUGUACCGGAUCCUCCCGUCUGUUAAACACAAGCCUUUCACCGCUGUGCCAUGUGGGAAUCUGACUGAAAACUGGAACGAAGUGGAGCCUGAUCCGAACCAGCUGCGGUGGCUGCCGUUCAUCAUCCCCAAAUCGACAGAGAAGAAAGUGGACUUUGUAGCUGGACUCCAUACAAUCUGCGGCGCAGGAGACGCCAAAACCCGCAACGGCAUCGGCAUCCACGUGUACGCCUGCAACACCUCCAUGGUCGACAGGUGCUUCAACAACUCAGAUGGAGACUUUCUGAUUGUCCCGCAGCAGGGCGAGGUCUUGAUCACCACAGAGUUCGGGAAGAUGAUGGUCGAGCCCAACGAGAUCUGUGUCAUCCAGCAAGGGAUGCGCUUCAGCGUGGAUGUGUUCGGAGAAACCAGAGGCUACAUCCUUGAGGUGUAUGGGGCCCACUUUGAGCUCCCUGACCUGGGGCCUAUAGGAGCCAAUGGUCUGGCGAACCCAAGAGACUUCCUGUGUCCGGUUGCUUGGUACGAGGACCGCAAAGUGCCCUCUGGCUACACCGUCAUCAACAAGUAUCAAGGGAAACUGUUUGCCUGCCAGCAGGAUUUCUCUCCAUUCAAUGUCGUUGCCUGGCACGGGAACUACACACCGUACAAAUACAACUUGAAGAACUUCAUGGCGAUCAACUGUGUGGCCUUUGACCAUGCGGAUCCAUCUAUCUUCACCGUGCUGACCGCCAAAUCCACAAAACCAGGUGUGGCCAUUGCCGACUUUGUCAUCUUCCCCCCAAGGUGGGGGGUGGCCGACAACACCUUCCGUCCGCCGUAUUACCACCGUAACUGCAUGAGUGAGUUCAUGGGGCUGAUCAAGGGCCAUUAUGAGGCCAAAGAGGAAGGUUUCCUGCCUGGGGGAGGCAGCCUGCACAGCAUGAUGACCCCUCACGGCCCGGACGCUGACUGCUUCGAGAAGAACAGCACUGCUGAGCUGAAACCAGAGCGGGUUGCUGAAGGAACCAUGGCUUUCAUGUUCGAGUCUUCCUUCAGCAUGGCUGUGACCAAGUGGGGUCUGCAAACGUGCCAGAGACUGGACAAGACUUACUACCAGUGCUGGGAGCCACUGCGCAGCCACUUUAACCCCAACUGGAAGCCAAGGAAGCAGUAGCAAAAAAAUCCCCAGCAACUUAUACAAAAAUUUGGAUCAAAAUACAGAAGAUGAUUUAAAAAAAUAAAAAAGUGGUUUGAGCAACAACCGAAAAAUGGAAACCACAAUUUGCAGUACGUGGUGUCGUUUUUACUUCUUAAAGUUACAAAUUAAAAUCAUUUGGUGUCAUAAUACACGCUGGGUAAAUGUGAAGAAGAAUGGGCUUCCAGCAAAAAUGCCUUUUUUAACAAAAACAAAAAUCACUUCCCCUUAUUGUUACAGGUUACUUACUAUAUAAAUUAAAUAUUACUGAUAAACAGCUCUUAUUAAUGCAA